CAACUAGAGGCUGUUAUUGCAAAAAUGACAAAGGAAAAUGCUUCUCUGUUGUAACUUGUUCUGUCAGUCUCCUGUAAGUUGCUGUUCUUACGUUUACCUCCCUGGGUUGCGUUUCUGAAGAAAAUUGUUUCAUGCUACCAAGCAGAAAUCACUUAAAGGAAAUGUAGCUUACGAAAGAGUGAUAAGUUAAAUAUUAACCAGACUCAAACAAGCUCAAGAACAUUUCCAAGUGAGGUUAACUUGUUGGGCUGGUGAACAAGAACGAACUCAAGCAGUGAAGAAUAGGCAUGGGGAUACUCUAUUCAGAGCCCAUUUGUCAGGCAGCUUAUAAUAACGAUUUCAAUGAAGUUCAGCUCCUUUUGGAGAGCAACAGCAACUAUCUGAACAUCCAGGACAGCUUCGGUGGAGACACCCCCUUAAUUUGCGCAUGCAAACAGGGAAACAACAGGAUAGUUAGCUAUCUUCUAAAAAGAAAUGCUGAUGUCAACCUCAGAAACAAGAAAGACCGCACAUGUCUGCAUUAUGCUGUAAGAAAACGGUUUACCUUCCUUGACUAUGUGCUCAUCAUAAUCCUCAUGCCAGUUAUGCUUAUUGGAUAUCUUCUCAUGGUCUCAAAGACUAAACAGAAUGAAAACCUGAUCAAGAUGUUGCUUAGAGCUGGAGUGGAUGUUGAUGCUACAGACUUUUCUGGUAGCACAGCCCUUCACUACGCCUGUGAAAUGAAAAACCAGGCAGUUAUUCCUCUACUGCUUGAAGCUCAUGCAGACACUUCUGUAAAGAAUCAGGAUGGGGAGACACCCUUAGAUAUAGCAAGAAGAUUGCGGUUCCACAACAUUGAAAACAUGCUAAGGAAAACUUCCUAGUCAUCAAGGGCUCUUGAACAUGCAGAAAAUUACUUCAUCUGGCAAUCCAUCUUGCACAGCAGCAGUAGUCCUGCAGAAAGUUGAGGGCUGUUACUUGAUAAAGACUUGGUCCAAAUCCACCCAUUGCUUGCUGCAGACUUUGACUAUUUUGUGUGAGACUUGUCAGUACACCCAAGGCCACGUGGGUUGAAGGGAGUUAAUUUGAUUUUACUAAGCUGCGAAUGAUUACAAUAGUGU